AUGGUCAAAGCCACCCGGCAAGUUUUGGCUGCCAACCAUACCGAUGGUUUGGCGUUGGUCCUGCUGGACCCAACAGAGGCCUACGAGUACUUCAUCAUCACAGCAGUUCCCGCCGGCAUAACCAUACUUUUCACACCAAUUUGGAACGACAAUGUACCCCAAGUCGUUCUCAUUGGUGAACCUGCUCUUGCUUCCACCAAGCUGGCGGUGUCAUGUGCUAUGCUCAUAGCUCAGGCUAUGAACCUAGCCAUACGGUGCUACGACGAGUCGUCAUACUCUCUCCAGACUAUGUUCGCCGCAGUGCUCUCAUUCUUCGCCUCCCUCUCUGUUGUUUGGUUCUUGCAAUUCUCAAAACGUUACGCCUUUCCUUCAAUCACAUUCCACAACAUAUUUCUGACCACUACUCUUCUCUACGACCUCGCAAUGAUGCGGCAUACGGAAAAAAGUUUAGGCAGCAUCGGCUUUUCUCAGCUCGUCACUGUAACGCUCAAACUUUUCUACGUUCUUUUGAACUUGUCUUUCAAAAACCCCAUUCUAGUUCUUCAACCUACGCUUCUUGAGGGCCGAGCAACAGACGCUCCGAGUCUACCCAGCAUUUGGUCAUGCCUUUCAUGGCCAGGUCUGGUUUCCGUCCCGGGAAACCUGGAAAACUGUGACUUGAAGAAUCUACCGGAGCCGGCCUGGAAACUAUGCUCCGAGGCAAUCUUCCGCCAGUUCAAAGUGCAGUGGAAUAGUGUCGACAAAAAUUCCGAGCAGGCUCUGGCAAAAGCAAUUACCUGCACACUAGGCAGGAUGCUUCUUUCCACAGCUCCUUUGCGCUUGGUCCAUGCUGUCUUCACUCUUGCGCAGCCACUGUUGUUCUUCCAGAUCCUCACCACAGUGUUCCAAGACGAUGCCAAAUCUGUAUCAACCGUCGUAAAUAUCGCAGCGGCAGCAAUGAUAUGGAUUGGAAAAUCUAUACUCAAGGUCAUGUUCACAAAGCAAAGUGACUGCAUCAUAGUCUCUAUCAGAGCGAUUCUGAUCGCAGCCAUCUACGAUAAAAUGAUGCGAGUCAGCGCAAUGGACAUUCAGAGUUCAACUGCCCUUUCCCAACUUAUGGAUGGUAUGCGAAGCAUCGAGAUCCUAAUCGUCUCUACCCAAGACGUUGCUUCGGCCGUCUUCCAGGUGUUGCUUGGCAUAUGCUUCCUCUGGUCAUUCAUCGGAAAUGCAUCGCUGUUGAUCUUCGUUCCGAUCACGCUGGUGGCUCUUGGGUCUUUUCUCAGCGGAAAGCAAGAAUCUCAUCGUCGCAACCUGGUUACGGAGCGACGCAAGUCCCGUGUAGCGCUCACUUCUAGCAUUCUCAAACAGCUUCAAAGCAUCAAAAUGAUGGGACUCGGCCCAGCUCUUGCAAUGUACUUGAAUCGGCAGAGAAAGUCGGAAGUGGACGCUUUGUUAAGUGUGUCCACUGCUUUCAACGUUGCCGUGGAUUGUCUGUCUUGUGGGCAGCAAGGGAAGCAAAUUUUAGAUCGCAUACAGGAAUUUCUUUUAUUGGACGAAUUGGUCGAUAAACGCCUCAUAACGGACGCAGCAGAAGAUGGUAGCGAGGUUUCUAGUCUCAUGGGAGCAACUCCAACUGUCGAACUUGUUCGUGUAACUGUCAUGUCAAAGACUGGCGAGGUAAUACUUCUUGAUGCGACUUUGAGAGCUUUUCAAUAUGGCAUGACCAUGAUUUUCGGGCCCGUUGCAUGUGGAAAAUCUGCUGUACUGCGCCUCAUUCUUGGCGAAAUCACGCCGAGCAGCGGUCGCCUUACCGUGUCUUCCGGACCCAUGGUAUAUUGCGCUCAAGAUGUCUGGUUGCCCUUUGUUUGCAUACAGAAUGGCAUUGUUGGAGACGCUGUCUUCGAUGAAGAGUGGUAUGCACUUGUCAUCCGUGCGUGUGGCUUGGAACACGAAUUUGAACAGUUGCCUGAUGAUGAUAUGACUGUGAUUGAUGGCCCCAGAGGCAGACUGAGUGUUAGCAUGAAACAGAGAAUAUCGUUGGCUAGGGCAGUUUACAACCGUCCGACAACCAUCGUCCUCGAUGACCCGCUCAAUGCUGUCCAGUACAACAUGGCUUCUCAAAUCUACGAGAAUCUAUUUGGCGAUCGUGGCCUGGUAUUCAACUGGGAGUGUACUGUCAUUAUGGCUACCAACGACUUUGGGCACUUGCAGUUUGCCGACGCCCUAUUCACGGUUGGCUACGAUGGUCGUAUGAAGAGCCAGAUUGCCACGACGUACAGGAGCGCCGCCAAUGUUCGAGCGAUGUUGCACGAUAGCAAUGGCCUUUUUAAUUUCCCGCCGACUCUUGAAGAGGCCCCGGAGUCUCCACUGCAUCCUCCACCGGAGGAGCCCGACGAGCGUGACAAGACUGCCACGCAUGGCCAAGACGCUUCGCUUUCGUCGUAUUUUCAGCAACCGGCGGGCAAGAAAACAAUACGGACUUGGUACAUAUCCGUGGCAGCUACGGCAAUUAUGGAGAAGAUGCUGGAAAUAUUUUGGAGCUUGUCGCUGUCCGACAGUGUCUUGAGCCCAGCAUAUGUUGCCGGCUAUGCUGCCUUCGGCGUCGCUAGUGUCCUAUGUAACCGAAUGGCAGCUCAUCUCUACUUCACGCGCAUCAGCACAAAGUCUUCUAUCGAACUGCACUGGAGACUGGCCAAGACCGUCAUGGUGGCGACGCCGGAAUUUGUGAGCAAUGCCAACAUUGUCUCCUUGCUGAAGCUUUUUGACGAAGACUUGGAAACGAUAUCAAGACGACUUCCCAUCACUCUGAUGCAACGCUCUUUCACUCUUUGGGCUCUUGUAUGCCGCAUUCGGAGCCAAUAUUUACCAUUCGCCCAGAGACUAUACCUUCUUGAAACCCAAGCUCUGAUGGGUGUAACUGUACGCUGCUCCGAAACCGCCGCGGGUAUCGAGCACAUUCGCGCGUUCAAGCAGCAAUCCGCUUUUUACCAAGACUUCCAUGGAGCUCUUACACUGUCCCAAAAGUCAUACUACUACGUGCUUGAGGCUAAACGUCAAUUAGAAUACACGAUUGCUAUCUUCACCACUGCUGUCGGUCUAGCGACCAUCAGUCUCGCCUUUAUUUAUCCGCAGUCCUCCUCGCCAGCCCGUCUCGGGCUUGCUUUGUUCAGCAUUGUCGAAUUGCCAGAGAAGUUGAACUCAAUAGCCACCAUUUGGUCUAAAUUAGACGAGUCUCUCGGGGCUGUUCUUCGUAUCCGCAGAUUUUGUUGUGAAACCCCCAUCGAAGUUGAUGAAGAAGAGGAGCCUCUACCCUCCAAGUGGCCAUCAAAGGGAGCUUUUGAGUUCUUCAGGGUCGCAACAGAGAAUGACGGUGUGAACAUUGACGAAGCUUCAACGCGCGUGCCAUUAGUCGACGCUUCCCUCGAAGGCACACAGAAGAUCGUUGUUUCUUCACGAACCGGGGGCCGGCAGCCGUCUUUGAUACUGGCAGCGCUGCGCAUGAUCAACUACUCUGGCGCUAUCCGACUCGACGAUAUGAACAUAAAAAAUAUUCCUCGAGUAGUUCUCAGGUCCUCCAUGACAACCAUUACGAGAGAAGGUCUCGAGCUGGAAGGAACACUUCGCUGCAACUUGGAUCCGCUCUCAAUGUUGGAACCAUAUUUCAGUGACGCCGAUUUGAUCAGCAUGCUGCAUCGCGUGAAGCUGUGGGAUGCGGUGCAGCGUCGCGGCGGCCUUGAUACCAGUAUGAAGCGGAUGCGCUUCUCCAAGGCGCAAAAGCAACUACUGAGCCUUGCCCGUGGUGCUCUGCACAGGCGCAGAGAAGACACAAAAGUAGUGCUUAUCGACGAUGCCAUCACUCAUCUAGAUGGUCAUACAAGUAAAAAUGUAUACGACUUCAUUGAUGGGGAGUUUGCUACCUGCACUGUUCUUAUGGUUGCCUAUGACCUCGAGGCAAUCCGGACUGCAGACACAGUCAUAACCGUUGAAGGAGGAGCAAUUACCGGCGUGCUAGAGCGGGCUGAUUCAGAGUGA